UACCAAUAAUAGAGAGAAAUUUUGGUGCUGUUUUAAGGACUUGCAGGGUUGUUUUCUACAGUAAAGUAAAAAACUUUACCACAGGCCGUCAACAAUGUCAGAAGAUUCAACAGUGUUUCUCGCCAUAUAUAUCAUCACAUUCCUGAUUGGUUUUCCUAAUGCUGUGUUGGCAUUCUGCUCAUGUAUUCGCAAGAUUCACCGUAAACCUAUCCCCAUUGACAUAUUCAUGUUGAACCUCACUGCUUCUGACCUUGUCUUCCUCACCUUCCUGCCUGUUAAGAUGAAAGAGGCUGUAGAUAACAUGGUUUGGAACAUGCCCUAUAUUUUGUGCCACAUCAAUAUGUUCAUGUUCUUUCUACCUUUUUAUUCCAGCGGCCUGUUCUUGACAGCAAUUAGCGCUGAGCGCUAUGUGUGUGUAGCAUUUCCAGUUAAGUAUAAAAAUUCUAAUGAUGCGGACAACAUCACUAAUAAACGCCAUUUGGUGGCGGAACCUCAGAGAUGUUACAGUAACUUCACUGCAAAACAGCUGAGAGAACUGCUUCCAGCACGUCUAAGUAUAGUAGUGGUGUUUUUCCUUCUACCCCUCCUUAUCUGCUGCUUCUGUUACAUCAGUUUAAUUCAUAUUUUGAUGAAGUGUCCUCUCUUCAAGCGACAGCGUAAACUCCGGGUGGUUGGACUGAUUGUGGGGACUCUCCUUGUGUUUGCCAUUAGUUUUGCACCCUACAAUGCAUCACACAUAGUGGGCUUCAUCAAAAAAGAAAACCCAUAUUGGCGCAUUAAAACUUUAAUGCUGAGCACUUUAAACGCAUGUUUUGAUCCUAUUAUAUUUUUCUGUAUCUCCAAGGAUAUGAGAAGGGCUAUCAAAAUAUGUGUGAAGGCCUUGUGCCGUUUUAUGCCUAUUUAA